AUGCCCAAGGUCAAGGAGACAAGAGUCGCCCUGACCGGCGACGCUGCUCUCAAGGGGGCUCCUAAGAUGUCCGAAACAUUGCGCAAGGCCCCUCCCCAUUCUGAGGAAGUGCAAAACGUUAGCGACAGCGAUGAAUCCAAUAGCGACAGCAGUAGUGGUCACAGCAGCGGAAGUGAAAGCGAUGCAGAGAAGCGCAAAAACACCAAGAAGCCCAAGCCAUCAAAGGUCAAAGAGACGGAGCCCAAUAGCCCCCCGGUCCCCGAUGAUAGUGACGAGGAGGAUUCGGACGCCGAUCUGGAACGCGCUGUCGCAAAGACAAAGGCACAGAAGGAUGCUGCAAAGAAGGCUCCUGCUACUGUGACGGCCAAUGGUGCAGCACUCAAGACGUCCAAGGCGACCAAAUCAUCAAAGAGCUCGGAGAAGGUUUCGGAAUCAGACGAUAGUAGUGAAGAGGAGGAGAGCGACAGUGAUGUCGAGAUGGCCGACGCUGAGAAGCCUGCUGCACCCGCCAGAGCCGCUGGUCAAGCUGCUGCUCCCGAGACAACAGUAGUCGUCCCUCCUCAGCCUUUUGUUCCUCCACCAGGUUACAAAGCACUUAACACAAAGACCGCCCUCGCAAAGACCGCAAACUCUCUCUUCGACCCUUCCACCAUUUCCUCGAAACAGAUCUGGCACAUUACCGCUCCUUCAUCCGUUCCGCUAUCGCAAAUCAAGUCCGUGUCACUCUCCGCCAUUCAAUCCCACCAAACAAUUCUCUCGCACAACGGAACCGACUACAACUUGGCUGAGGAACCUACAAACAAUGCCCGCGUCUUGCUGCCAUCAUCAAAAUCGGACGCUUACACCGCUGUCGAGGUCCCUGUUUCGAAAACCCUCCACCUGCAACAAACCAUCCGCAUUCCCGACCUCUCUGCCUACCAAACAGACCCUAACACUGGCUCAAAUGCUGCUGGAAGUCUUAGAACACCUGCCGUUAGCAAACCCCGUCCUCAGCCCAAAGGCAUGAGAAUGCGAUACAAGCCUCCAGGUUUCGGCGAUGAAGACCCCGGUCUCAUCGGCUCCUCAGAAGACGAAAGUGAUGCCAACGCCAAGCAAGUCGAGAAAUCCGCAAAGGAAGCUCGCAGCAAGCGCAAGCGUGACGAGAAGGAGGCAACAGAAGAGUCAGGCAAAGACAAGAAGAGGAGAAAAGCAGCAGAGGCAGCUGAAAAAUUGGCAGAAGGUACCAGAGCUGAGGCGCCUGAGACGGCCGAGGAGAAAGCUAGAAAGAAGGCUGAGAAGAAGGACAAGAAGAAGAAGGAUAAGAAAUAG